AUGGUUGAGUUUGGUAGCCUUUUCUUCAAACACUCUUUGAACAUUAUGAAUGAUGAUAUUCAUGCUGAUGUGAAUGAUUUUUUCCUCAUAAGGAGAAUUAUAAGAGAGAUAAAUGUCACAAAUAUCACCCUGGUGCCUAAAGUCAGUGUGCCUGCAACUUUGGGGGACUUCACACCUAUUGCAUGUUGCUUUGUGCUUUACAAGAGUAUUUCAAAGUUUUUGUGUAGCCAACUCAACUCUGUGCUCCCUGAUAUCAUUUCUCGUAAUCAAGGAGCAUUUGUGGCUGGCAGGUCAAUUCUUCACAGUGUUCUUGUUUGUCAGGAUCCAAUGAAGAUGUAUAGGAAAAGUCAAUAG